GCUAAAGUUUCGCCUGACAGCAAUUCGCCAUGGUCGGGGCCAGUUCUUUCGAGAACCCCAUUUCGUGCCGGACCCGACCGGGAAUCAGGAUUCGCGAGUACUUCGCAUGUCGCUGGCACGGGGCGGGAAUGACAUUCCGUUCCUCCGCAGUGGAUCCCUUCAACGCGGAGAAGCCAGCAAUCAUGCCAAUGGCUGAAUUUACGCCUUGCUCUGACUGGUUCUCCGCUCCAGAAUGACAUGCGAGAUGAUCGUCAGUCUUGCCGGCGAUAGCCAGACGUGCAUAGCGGGAAGACGCCGCCCGCAGACUGUGCACUCAUAAGAGAGCUGCUUCCUGCCCCUCAUUCGUAACGACGAUAUCGAUUGUAUUUUUUUUUCCCCUCGUAUACUCUGGCCCGUCAUGACCCUUCAAACCCUCGCCAUCGCCGUUGUCACGGUGGUAUACCUCGUCAUCCGAUACUUCAACCGUACCGAUGUGCCCAAGAUCAAGGGUCUACCCGAGAUCCCUGGCGUUCCCAUCUUCGGCAACUUGCUGCAAUUAGGCGACCAGCACGCUCAAGUCACCGCUAAAUGGGCCAAGAAGUACGGCCCCGUCUUCCAGGUGCGAAUGGGUAACAGGCGCAUCGUGUUUGCCAAUAGUUUCGACUCGGUGCGACAGCUAUGGAUCAAGGACCAGUCUGCCCUCAUCUCCCGCCCGACUUUCCACACUUUCCACAGCGUUGUCUCAAGCUCGCAAGGAUUCACGAUCGGCACUUCUCCUUGGGACGAGUCCUGCAAGCGUCGCCGUAAGGCGGCGGCGACUGCUCUGAACCGCCCGGCCACUCAGUCAUAUAUGCCCAUUAUCGAUCUCGAGAGCAACUCCAGUAUCAAGGAGCUGUAUCGUGACAGCAAGAAUGGCACCGUGGACAUCAACCCCACCGCAUACUUCCAGCGGUUUGCUCUCAACACCAGUCUGACACUCAACUAUGGUCUCCGUAUCGAGGGUAAUGUGGAUGACCAGCUUCUCAAGGAAAUCGUCGAUGUCGAGCGUGGCGUCUCCAACUUUCGCAGUACCUCGAACCAAUGGCAGGACUACAUCCCGUUGCUGCGCAUCUUCCCCAAGACGAACACCGAGGCCGAGUCAUUCCGAGCCCGACGCGACAAGUAUCUGACCUAUCUUUUGGAUAUGUUAAAGGACCGUAUCGCCAAGGGAACCGACAAGCCUUGCAUUACGGGUAACAUUCUCAAGGAUCCCGAAGCUAAGCUGAACGAUGCCGAGGUGAAGUCCAUUUGCUUGACCAUGGUUUCCGCGGGUCUCGACACCGUUCCGGGCAAUCUGAUCAUGGGUAUUGCCUACUUGGCCUCGGAGGAUGGUCAGCGAAUCCAAAAGAAGGCCUAUGAUGAAAUCAUGCAAGUGUAUCCCGAUGGCGAUGCCUGGGAGAAAUGCUUGGUCGAGGAGAAGGUCCCCUAUGUCACAGCUUUGGUCAAGGAAACUCUGCGAUUCUGGACUGUCAUUCCUAUCUGCUUGCCCCGUGAGAGCACCAAGGAUAUUGUGUGGAAUGGUGCUACCAUCCCCGCCGGUACGACCUUCUUCAUGAACGCCUGGGCUGCAGACUAUGAUGCAGAGCAUUUUGACGAGCCUGAAAAGUUUAUUCCCGAGCGUUACUUGGAGCUUGGUGAGGCAUCUGGCACUCCCCACUAUGGUUACGGUGCUGGCUCUCGUAUGUGCGCUGGCUCGCACCUGGCCAACCGAGAACUUUACACGGCAUUCCUGCGCCUAAUCACUGCCUUCACAAUGCACCCCGCCAAGUUGGCUGGAGAUCGCCCUAUCCUGGAUGCGAUUGAAUGCAACUCCAUUCCCACGGCCCUAACGACGGAGCCCAAGCCUUUCAAGGUUGGCUUUACGCCUCGGGACCCCAAGAAGCUGGAGCGGUGGAUCGCCGAGAGUGAUGAGCGGACGAAGGACCUGUGAUUUUGGAUCUGCCUUUGACGACUAUUUGCAUUCUUUUCUUACAUGACCUGUACCGUGGAAAAAUCUUGAGUCUUACUCUUUUGUAUAUAGCUUUUGGAGAAUGGAAGGGGGCU